CGUAAGAGCCAAAAGCCAUAAAGAUAAGCUAAUUAGUCAUCUAUUGUUAAAAGAGCAUAAGUGGUUUCUUACAUAUAUGAAAGUCUAACGUAAACGUUUGCAUUAGGGUUCAAUAUCAAAUGGCAUGACUAAAAUUGCAAAUGCAAUAACAAACAUCUGGAGGGUAGGGCUGCAACAAACGGGAAAAGUCCAUCUAGUAUUCCGUUGGAACUGAUUUAGUGAUAACGUGUUUAUACUAUUUAAGUUGUUUUGGUAAAAAUGUUUCGUCCGUGGGUAGAUAAAAAGAAAACCGGUACAAGUGCUCGAACUCAUUUAAACAGUCAAAGUAAGCAAAUAGUCAAAAAUGUGUACAAUGGACUUUUUAGAGAAAUUGGACCUACAGCAUUAAAAAAACUGCUGAACUUACUCAGGUGCCAUAUGCAACAGUGAAAAAAAUUAUGUGUCUCGGUACAAGUGAAAGAGCCACCAAUACCAACGUAGAAGCAAAAAAGUUUCCGAAAAUUGACAACUUCACAGAAGAUCUCAUAAGUCGAAUAAUUUAUGACAGCUAUAGACAAAAUAUUGUUGUGACUAUUGAUAGCCUUCUGAAAAAAAUCCAAGAGUGUGAUGAAAAUUUUCCUUAUGGCAGAACGACACUUUGUGAGUACCUAAAGCAUACUGGAUUUUCCUAUAAAACCCUUGACAAACGUCAGAAAAUCAUGGAAUCACCUCGACUUGUAGAUCUCAGAAAAGAAUAUUUAAAAAAAAUACGAGAAUUUCGGUCCGAAGGUCGAAAUAUAGUUGUGACAGAUGAAACGUGGUAUGACACUCACGACAUUGUGAAGAAAGGUUGGGUUGAUACGUCCGGUAAAUGCUGCCUUAACGCUCCUUGUUCCAGGGGACAACGCGUUAUAAUACUUCUUGCUGGAUCUAAACACGGAAGUGUACCAGGAUCCCUUCUUUUAUCUGCUAAGAAUAUUAAAACCUGUUCAGCUGACUACCAUGAAGAUAUGACUGCGAAUCUUUACGAAAAGUGGUUUCAAGAGCAAUUACUACCGAACUUGCCACCAAAUAGUGUUAUUGUGCUAGACAACGCCUCCUAUCAUUCCAGGCAAGCUGAAAAGAUUCCGAAUACUUCUUCAAGAAAGGCUGAUAUAAUAACAUUUUUACAAGAACGUAAUCAAAUAAUACCUCCGAAGAUAAAAAAGAAGGCACUGUUAGAUCGCGUCCAAAGCUUGAAGCCUGAGAAAAAAAUGGUUAUCGAUGAAUUGGCAAAGGAGAGUGGUCACACGGUUUUAAGAUUACCGCCUUAUUAUUGCCAGUUUAACCCAAUUGAGUUGGUUUGGAGUGAACUCAAACAAAGAAUACGACGUAAUAAUACGCAACCACAGCUAAACUCUAACGUGGUCGAAUUAGUUCGCGAGGAGACGAUGAAAAUUGCUAAUAAUGUAUGGACCGCAUGUUUUAGUCAUGUUGAGGGUAUCGAGAACACAUUUAUUCUUCAAGAUCAGCAACGCUUCGUUAUUAACGUGACUGAGAGCUCAGAUCUUUAUAUAUAAACGCGAGCGGCUCUGACGGAAAAACCAAAAGAAAUUAUGCUCAAUCGAAAGAGCUUGAAAAAAUAUCACUUUUGAAUCGAGAACAUGUAUCCGCAAAAUUCGUAUUGUCGAGUAUUUUGCAUUUAAAAGUGAAAAAAUUUCGACAAAGAAUGCAAAUGUUCAAUUUGUUGUUUGACAUUUGACAGCUCUAUGGUUUCGUUCAGAAAUUGUAAAUAUUUUUACGUCCGUCAUGCAUGUUGGACAGAUUGCUGGUGAGAGUGUGGGUAAGCCUAUUUAAAAAAAAACGAAUCCUGUCAGUGUAAGAUGACACUGGUGACAGAUGACACACAAACAUGUUACAUGUAUUGUGCAUUGAUUGACGGGUAAAACCAUGGUAAAACCAAAACUUUGUGCUUUAUCAGUCUGAAAUUAAGUUUAAUUUUCAGUAAAGGGUCUAAAUGUUUGUGACUAACCUAAGCCCUCCUACGUGUACACGCUCGACGCAGCUAGCCAACUUUAUUGUCACGCGUGCAAUAGAGUACCUAUUAAAGGCCAAGUUCGGCCUGGCCAGCCAGGGUUCACGCUAGACAACGUCAACGAUUUAUUUGGGGUCGCCGUCAUCGAAAACGAUGAGGAGGAGGAGGACUAUACUUACUAACGAUGACACGGCACCGCCGCGUAAAACAAACCUAUGCCGAAAAUCAUAGUUUCAAGUAUUUUGAAGUAGCAAAGCGACGAAAUCACGGAGUGAGCCACGCCUGCCUUCACGGUUUAAAUGCUUAACCCCGGGUUAGUGGGAUGGUGCAAGUGGCUCUAAUCCUCCCUUCCAGUUCCAGUUAUACUUUUAAAAUCUGUAUUUAUAUACCCAUACAAUAUUCAUUUUUUGCAGAUAGUUUCAAGUAUUUUGAAUGCUGUAGCCAGAAGACUGCCAGACAAAUGUGGAUUAAUAAGAUUGUGGAGAUAAAAAAAAAUACAUCCACACUACAGCAUCCGAAAUCUCAAAAUCAUUUGCUUCUAUAUCGAAGAGCUCUCUGGAUUUCUUUGAUGACUUUCCGGUCACUUAUCUUGACAUAAAUGCUGAAGGAAUUAAUUAUGUCACUUUAAAAGGAGACGAAGAGCAGGACGGUAUUAUAAAACAAAGUUAAACAUCACGGCCCGAAGACCACCCAAAUGAUGAAAAUGUAUUAACUAGGUUCAGUUCUUUUCAAAUUUGUAUUAAGGGGAGAAAAUCCAAAAUUAAAAUUCAGAUAAAAACUUUAAUGUUUUAAGAAAUUGUAAGUCAUUUCAAGUUUUAGACAUUUUGAAACAAAAAAAUGUUUUGAGAAGAAUGUGUUUGACAGAUGGUAAAGCUGCGGUUUCUUCUGGGAUGUGGGGAUGCAUAGCGAGGAAUGUGUUUGUAAGAACCAAUACAAAUUGUCCUCCAGGACUGCGCUGAGUGAGGAUAGGUAAUUGAAGUAAUUCUAAUAUUCACUCUAAAGAAACAAAUCUACCUCUCUACGCAUCCUUGCACAUCUCUGAUGGAAUCAUGGUCCUUGCUAAUCUUUGGUGGAAUACCUCAUAGCCUUACUAUACUUGGUUUUGUGAAAGGCUAACUUUAUAUGAUAUACUUAUUUUAAUUCGUUUAUUUAUAUGUAUUUAAUUGCAAAAGACUGAUUGUUGUAGUAAAUUGUACUAUUUUUAUAUAAGAUAUAUUUUUUGUAAAUUCAAGUAAAAAUAAAUAAAAAUAACGUCA